AUGAUUCCGAUUGCAGUUCUACCAGCAAUCCUGCUGCUCUUUUCGGCUCAUCCAAUCCGUGGAGAGCAGCCCGUGGAGCCGCUCAAGCAGCUGGAUGAGCUUGUGACAACCAAGAUCAGAGAAACCCUCAAAAAGGAAGCAAAUUCCAGCAUAGAUCGACUCCUCGAACCCUACAAGAAACUACAGGAGGCUGCCGACUGGCCGUUCCCAAAAUUAGAUGCAAAAAUCAGAGCAUAUAACAGCUAUAAAUCCUACGAGGACAGCAGUUACUCAGACUCUGGCGAAUCCUUCACCGAAACAUCCAAUGUAGCUUUACGAAAAGGUACCAAAGAUGCCAAAAUUUUCACAACGAAAGUUAAAAAAAUACUCAGGAGUCUGGGAAUUAACGAUCGGUUUGGCAACAGCGUCUGGCAGGCCAUUUUCAGUGAUGAGAAAAAGCUAAAGAAGCUCAAAAAGAAGCUGGAUGCCAUAAAGGAUUCGAGUGACGAUGAUUCGGACGCCUGUAAGAACUUGUGGGACUUUAUCUUAAGUUUCUGGUUUUGA